AUGAAAGGACAAGCACUAGCCAAUUUUCUGGCUGAUCACCCUCUUCUGGCGGAAUGGGAGCUUUCAGAUGAGUUUCCAGAUAAAGACGUUUUGUUCAUCGAAGAGUUUCCACCAUGGACAAUGUUUUUUGAUGGACCUACAUGUCGUAACGGUGCGGGGGCAAGUGUGGUGUUGAUCUCUCCAGAAAGACAAGUCUUGCCAUUCUCCUUUGUUUUAGGUGAAACAUGCUCCAACAAUGCCGCAGAGUACCAAGCUUUGAUCGUCGGUCUCAAAAUGGCAUUAGAAAUAAAGAUUCUACAGUUGGAGAUCUACGGUGACUCUAAGCUGAUCAUCAACCAACUUUUGGGGAGUUACAAGGUAAAGAAGGAAGAUCUAUUGCCAUACCAUGAAUACGCUUCUGGUUUACUUGAAAAAUUCGACCAAGUGUUCUUAAACCACGUCCCAAGAGAAGAAAAUUGCAAGGCUGAUGCUUUGGCUAACUUGGCCACAACGAUGGCACUUGGAGAGAAUGAGUCAACAAAGGUAUAUGUGUGUCGUCGAUGGGUUAUUCCUAGACUUCUGGAUCUUCAAAUCAACGAAAUCCAUCAUACGUCUGUUCAAGUGAUUGAAGACGAAGAUUGGAGGCAACCACUGAUAGAGUACCUUGAACAUGGAAAGUUACCUGAAGAUCCACGACAAAGAAUAGACAUCAAACGAAGAGCACCACAAUUCAUCUUCUAUAAGGGGACAUUGUUUCGCCGCUCUUUUGAAGGACUAUUCUUGCGAUGUCUUGACAAAGAAGAAGUCUGCCAAGCGAUGGAGGAAGCACAUUCUGGCUCAUGUGGAGCACACCAAUCUGGUCCCAAGCUCCAUUUUUGCAUCAAAAGUAUGGGCUACUACUGGGUGACAAUGGUGAAGGAUUGCAUGGAUCAUACCAAAAGAUGUCAAGCAUGUCAAUUUUAUGCCAACUACAUCCACCAACCUCUAGAGCCUCUUCACCCAACUGUAGCUUCAUGGCCUUUUGAUGCAUGGGGACUUGAUGUUGUUGGACCACUUCCAAAGUCAUCAAAGGGACAGAUGUACAUAUUGGCUGCUAUAGACUACUUCUCUAAAUGGGCUGAAGCUGUUCCACUCAAGGAGGUGAAAAAGGAAACCGUUGUCGAUUUUAUCAAGUCAUAUAUAAUUUUUAGGUACAACAUACCAAGAUACAUAAUCACUGAUAAUGAAAAGCCAUUUGACAACAAGCUUGUGAAGAGUCUAUGCGAGAAGUUCAGUUUCAAACAACAUAAGUCUUCAAUUUAUAAUGCACCUACCAAUGGCCUUGCUGAAGCUUUUAACAAGACGCUUGGUAACCUUUUGAAGAAAGUUGUUGCAAAUGGCAUGAGAAAAUUGGUGAAGCUUUGUGGGCAUACCGGACAACCUUCAGAACUGCUACACAAGCAACUCCUUACUCUUUGGGAUAUGGCGUGA